CAAAAUCGUUCGACCAUUUCGCCCAUGGGACUUUGACGCAUGUUGAGCAGAAAGAUUUUGUAAAGAUGAGCGUUGUUUUUGACGCCGUUGGGGGAUUUCUGAAUCGGAACAGACGAAAGUUCUACUGGCUGGGAGGAACGGUGGGAAGUGGAUAUCUUUUGUUCAAGUAUGCACAAUGGAAAUGGACCGAGUUUCAGCAACGGAGAGAGAUUGAACAGACGGCGAAAUCAAACGUCAAACGCCGCUUUGAACAAAACUUGCAAGAUUGCACAUUUGCAGUCGGAUCUUUACUUCCUACGCUCGGUGAAAACUUGUUCAACGAACUCAAUGUGGAGCUGUUAACUGCACAACUGCAACAAACACGGCAAGCCAAGACAGAGGGGGGAGAAGGAGGCGAAGAUCAGCCAGGUGCACCUGUAACUCAACCGCGGAAAACAAAACUGGAGAUCUGGGAAGAGCUGAAGCUGCUAAGUUUUACCCGGACAAUAUCCUCUGUAUAUCUUGUGACCCUCCUCAUUGUGUUUACACACCUCCAGCUCAGCCUUUUGGGAAGAUUCUUCUAUCUCGAUAGCGUUGUAGCAUUCUCGCAAACGGAUCGUGAACAGCAAGUUCGGGGAACAGUCGGAGGACGGAAAGGGGUUUCGGACGAAACGGAACGCAAGUAUCUGACGUUCAGUUGGUAUGUCUUGAACGUAGGAUGGAAACAGUGUGUUGCCCAAGUACAGAGAGCAGUGCAAGAGGUUGUUGGAAGCAUAUCACUGAAGGAGGUCACAACCUAUGACGCACUGAUUGAAAUCAUUGGGAAAGUGCGAGAAAAGGUUGAGGACGAAAAUGGAGAAAACUCAAACAUGACUGCCUUCUUACUUCCCGAAGAAGGAAAGGAGGAAGAUGUCUUGCGUGCCGGGGGAGUUGAAACCGACGGGUUUGUAGUGGAUAAGGAGCUGAAGGAUCUGUUGAACGAAACAAGGGACUUUCUGGACAGUAGCGAUUUCCGUAAAGUCCUCAAGUCAUGCUUUGAUGAGGCAUUUGACCUGCUCUUCAAGCAACUUCGCCCAACCUUUUUUGCAGAACAGGAGUCCAGGCAGAGGUCACAUAUUGCUGAAGUCCAAGAAGGGGAAGAUAUCCAAGACAAUGCUGAGAACAAAGGCAAAGCAAUGCCUUUAGCAGGGGUAAUACCUGUUAUUAGUCGAUUAGUCCAUCAUGUCGUAAACGGAGUGCCAAACAUUUUCUUGGAGAUACUCUCGACACAACCCGAAUUGAAAGCUUUGUCUGUAGUUAUGUAUACUGGAUGGGAGGAUCAUGUGCUGUAACUGAGCUGCUUUAUUCUUUUUGAUACCGCUACAUUUGAUCCUGUAAUGGAAAGCCCUUGCGCAACGCAGUUGGACUUUUUGGAACUGCAUGGCGAUAACAAUGAUUAGCUAAGCAGAAAUGACACGGCGA